AUGUCGGCCUUCUCAUUAUCGAGGACCGAGAGUCCACAGGCUUUCGUCUCGAGCUUCGCCCCACGCGUUCGCACAUACCAGAACUCGCUGCUAACGCCAGCCAUCCAACCACAAAAUGCCAUCGCUCCUCUGCGCACGACGAAGCGCGGUACCACGGCCAUCAACUACUCCGAGGAGUUUGAGAACGACAGUCUGGUUGAAGAUAGCGAUGCACCCCGACGACCCACCGGUCUGCGCAGUCUGCGCCAAAACGAGUCUCAGACAGUUGUCACCACUGGAGCCGUACAAUCGACCGAGCUGACGAGUGCCGUCGACGUCCAAGGCAUCUGGCGCGAGUGGAUGGGCAAGCCCAAGAAGGCCAUGACAGAAAGACAGGUCAUGCUGCAAGCACAACUUCCCCUCAACCUCGUCCCCAUCCGCAUCGACCUCAGUGUCAGCCCCUUCCAACCAGAGGCUCCUCUCCCCAAGCCCAACAAUGCGCGCGAGCUCGGUGUUGACGAGAACUCGCCUGCAUACAAGGCGCCCGACGUGACUCCCGAGUUCCGCAUCAAGGACAGCUUCCUCUGGAAUCUCCACGAGUCCCUCAUGACGCCCGAUCAAUUCGCAAAGGUCUUUGUCGACGAGCUGGAUUUCCCCUUGGAACGUCGUCCUGCUCUGGCCCUGCAGGUCUCACAGCAGAUCCGUACACAACUAGAAGAACAUGCUGCUGUCGUCAUGCACCCACUAUUCAACCCUGCCUCCAACCCUACCGAGACCCGCAACAUCUCGAUGCGCCCUCCCAUCUCGCGCGAAGUCUCUUCCACACCCUUCGCACACACCCCAUCUGCACAACAACCGCAGACGAACGGUGUCAACACUCCCAAUGCCGCCCAAACACCCUUGCCCAACGACGCUAAUGUCUCCGCCGUUGCUCAACCUCUACCACCCUCCUCCGUACACAACCCCGACGACGCCCACCGCUGCAUCAUCUCGCUCUCGAUCAACCUUAUGAAUAGACUUUAUACCGACAAGUUCGAGUGGUCACUCAUGCACCCGGCUGGCUUCCCUGAAAUCUUCGCUAAACAGACUUGCGCCGAUCUUGGUCUGUCAGGAGAAUGGGUACCUGCCCUAGCCCACGCCAUAUACGAAGCUGUCUUGAAGCUCAAGAAAGACUACUGUGAAGCCAACGGCACACUGCUCGGUGUCAUUGGCAGUGGUGUUGAUGCCUGGGGUCAGAUCGAUAACGAGGCCGCCGAAGUACACGGUGAUGGCUCGCUAGCGAUAGGAGAGGCCGCUGGCUGGCGCUUCGACAACGAUGAUCUGGGAGCCGAAUGGCAACCGCGUGUUGAAGUGUUGAGCAAGGACGAGAUCGAAAAGCGCGAAGGUGACCGCGAACGCCAGAUCCGCAGACAGAGACGUGAGAUGGCUGCACGCGCUACAGCUGGCUUUGCACCACCGCCUGCUUUGGCAAACGAUUACUUUGGGUCUCAGGCAGGCGCUGGUGACGAGGAGAGAAUGGGCAGAGGAGAGAGAAGCAAGAAGAAGAGACGUUUCCGCAGUCUCAGUCCCUCAGGCCGCGAGACACCUGACUUUACUGCUGCCUUUGGUGGUGAGCAGGGCAAGUUGACAGAGUCGGAGCGUCCUGCCUGGCAGUGCAGUCACUGUCGUAUUGGCGGGAGUGCUGUCUGGGCUGUCCGCGACGGACCCAGUGGACCUAGAUCACUCUGCAACAACUGCGGUCUUCUCUACGAACGCGACAAGCGUCUACCACCCUGGGCCAAGGAUCUCUACCUGAUCGAACAGCCCAAACCCAGCAGCCCCCACCUGCGCCACCAACUCUCAGAUCUGCCAGACGCAUACGCGGCCACAGUGCGCGGAGGCGGCCCCAGCAUGUUCGAAGACUAUGCAGUCGAAGGCGAAGAUUUGGACUGGACCAAAGUCACGGACCCGCGCGAGAGGAAACGCCUGCAGAAUAUCAUCAAUGGCCGCAAGUAUCGUGAGAGGAGGUUGGCUGCCGAGGCUGCCGCUGCCGCUGCCGCGGGUGCGAGUCCGGCGCCUAUGAGGUAG